AGAGGACAGUGUUGCUUAAAAGCUUUCAGAGCCAUUGAAGAGCAGCAAAACCUGAACUUGCUUGGAUGACCCAUAAAACAAAUCUGGAGUACCUUCUCUCUCUCUCUGUCAGCAUAGUCUGUAAGUGCCCAACACCAUGUGCAGAUAGUCAAAAGUGACCAAGCAUCCAGUCUGUAUGAUAAAAUUCCUCUGAGAAAGCCACCUACCACAAGUCAAAAGAGGGAGGAGGGAAGGUUAAUCAGAACCUCAUCUGUUGGAAGAAUCUGAAGAGUACCCAAAUUUUAGAUCAGCAAUUCAUGUGAAAGCUGACUGCCAUGGUUUUCAGGAGAGUUUUUGGUCUGAUGAUGGCUUGUCUGUGAAUCUAUCUACCUGUAUGGUAAUAAUCCUUUGAAGAAGACAUCUACCACAAGUCAAAAGAGAGAGGAGGAAAGCUAAUCAGAUCCUUAUCUGUUUAGAGUGUGAAAAAUCUGAAAGUCCCCAAAUUUUAGAGCAACAAUUCUUCUGAAAGCUCUGGGUCCAUGGUUUUCAGGAGACUUGCUGUUCUGAUGAUGGGUUGUCUGGGAAUCUAUCAGCCCACACAACCUGCUCUCCCAGAGAAUACUGAAUCAACAUCAGGUGUUUUACCUGUGACUUCAUCCAGAAUCAGACUCAGUGAUGGGAGGUACCUGGCUUACAAAGAGAGAGGAGUCCCCAAGAAUAAGUCCAAUUAUAGAGUCAUCAUUGUUCAUGGCUUUGGCAGCAACAAAGAAAUGAAUUUUCAGGCACCCCAAGAACUACUGGAUGAGUUGGGGAUAUAUCUUCUCCAAUUUGAUCGAGCUGGAUAUGGAGAAAGUGAUCCAAAUCCAAAGCGCUCAUUAAAAAGUGAAACAUCUGACAUUCAAGAACUUGCUGAUCAGUUGCAGUUAGGAGCCAAGUUUUACGUGAUAGGUGUCUCGGUGGGAUCUUACCCAACCUGGAGUUGCCUAAAACGUAUACCACACAGGCUUGCAGGUGUGGCUUUAGUAGUGCCAUUUAUCAAUUACAAAUGGCCUUCUCUUCCUGAUCAUCUGACCAAGGAUGACUACAGGAAGAAUCUUGCUAGAUGGAUGCUCUGGGUUGCACGCUAUGCCCCGGGAUUACUACACUGGUGGUUGACUCAGAAAUUGUUCCCCUCAUCUUCUGUCCUUGACCGAAACCCUGCAUUUUUCAGCACAAAGGACUUGGAGGUCUUGAAGAACACACCAGGAUAUCAAUUGCUGAGCCGGAACCAGCUACAGAAGCAAGAUGUUUUCGACUCUCUUCGCCGUGACUUCAUCGUGGCUUUUGGCAAGUGGGACUUUGACCCACUGGAUCUAAGCAACCCAUAUCCUCAAAAUGAAAGCCCUGUUCACAUCUGGCAAGGUUAUGAAGACAAGGUUGUGCCUGUUCAGUUGCAAAGAUAUGUUUCGGGAAAGCUACCCUGGAUUCGGUAUCAUGAAAUUCCUGAGAGUGGACAUUUCGUUGUAUACGAUGGUGAUGUAUGUGAAGCCAUUUUAAGGUCUCUUUUGCUUGGAGAAGAUUCUCCACUGUACAGACCUCAAUUGGCCAACUAAAUACACAUUGUUCUUUUGGUCAUCGACGGGAUGACCUGUUAAGUAAAUUUGAUUUCUAGACAAUGAGAACUUGUGUUGCAUUGUUUCAACUUAAUUUUCA